UAAAACUGCAAUUUCAAUUUCAAGAUUCUUAAACGCUGAAUUUCACUGAUAUUUUAAAUUGAAAAAUGACUAAAGGUUAUUUGAAUCUUAUUUUAAAAGCUCAAGUAAUAACAGAAUAGUUUCUGGGUUGAAUUCUACAAUUAUGUAUACUGGGUUUUCAAAAUCACAUCCUCACUACUUCACUGUAAAAAAAAAAAAAAAUUACUAUUACUAGUUAGUAGUAGUGUAAUUUAAUUUAAUAAUAACUAAAUUAAUUUAAAAAUAUUACAAUCAUACAAUGUGACAAAGUAUUGGGCUUGGCUUAGUAAUUAAGGAUUAAUCAACAAUUGAAACAAUUCAUAUAUUCUUUACUUUAUGAUUUAUGAUAAUAUAUUAAUAUUUCCAUAUCCCAUAUGAUAGGCGUAAUAUUUAAUUUUUCAUGUCUAUCUUUUCCAGAUUUAGACACAAAUUUUAUUCCUCAAGAACAAAUAGAUCAGUCAUCUUCAGAUCACAGUAUUCAAGACAGCAAAAUGGUAAGAUAACCCUUCAACUUCAUCCAUUUGGUGAAUCAGCCUCCAGUUUUCUAAUUACAAACAUUAUUUAUUAACAAAUCGACUAGUAAUGAUUAAAAAUAAAAAUGUCUAUUACUUUUAAUUUUUAUUCAUUGAAUCUUAAUCACGUUUUGAGCAGAACUUUAAGAAAAUAAAAUAAUAAAAAAAAUAUUAUUAUUAGUAAAUAAAUAACUAUUAAAAAUCAAUUCAUGUUAAUUUUUUUUUUUUACAAUUGACCUUUCACUCAGUAACUAAUAGUUAAGCUAAUUAUGUUUUCCAGUCACUUGUUAAACAAGUGCCAGUCUAUACAUUAGUCUAUCAAUUAGCUUUUUUUUUUUUUUUUUUUAAUCAAUUUCAAAAAGGUUGACACAGCUGAAGCAGAACAGCUCCUGAGACAAGGUCUAGGGAAGCGAGCUUUAAGAGGAGAUAGCAAAGUGAAUGGGAGUUCUGCAGCCUCUGGAGAUUCAGACAUGUUAGCUGGUGGUAUCCAUGGGUAUGAGCAGAUUACUCAGAGUGCACUCUCACAGCGGGUAAAAAAAUUUGUUACAACCACUGUCAUGCCGGUUUUCCUGAUUGCCUUUGUCCCAAACCUCAUGGUUCUUAUCUGGUACACAGUCAUGCACUGCGAAGGAAGCUACCUUAAGAUGAUGUCAGUGUUUGCCAACCGGUCAAUUUUGUCUGGAUUAUCUGACAUGUGGAGCCUAAUUAGAUAUCCAUCUGCCCCGAUCAUCUGGACACUGGUUGUAUACUGUCUUUACGCCUUGGCUAUGAUGAAAAUCUUACCUGGACAGAAAGUUACAGGUCCACUGACCCCAAAGGGAAAUGUACCAGUUUACAAAGACAAUGGCUUUGCUUAUUUUAUUCUCACCCUUGGACUCUUCUGGGUCCUCACUGUGAUUUUGCAUCCAUUUGGAAUCUCCCCUUCAAUGUUGUAUGACAGAUUUGAUGAAGUAAUUUUUGCACUCAAUGCAUUCAGCAUUAUUUUCUGCGCUUUUCUGUACAUCAAAGGAAGGGUAGCACCUUCUUCAACCGACUCUGGCUCAUCUGGGAACAUCAUCUUCGAUUAUUAUUGGGGCAUGGAGCUCUACCCCAGAGUUUUUGGUUUUGACAUUAAAGUUUUCACAAACUGUAGGUUUGGCAUGAUGGUCUGGGCUCUGCUUGUCUGUGUCCACUCUGUGAAAAGCUAUGAACUUUAUGGAUUCGUUGACUCCAUGUUUGUUUCAGCAGUUCUGCAACUCCUCUACAUCACAAAGUUCUUCUGGUGGGAGUCUGGAUACCUGCGCACCAUUGACAUCAUGCUUGAUCGUGCAGGAUUCUACAUCUGCUGGGGUUGCCUUGUUUACAUUCCUGGCCUCUAUGCUUCGGUGACCUUUUACCUAGUCAGUCAUCCCAUCCACCUGGGACCAAUGGUCACAUGCUUGUUUUUAUUCCUUGGCGCCAUCAGCAUCUAUAUUAACUACGCUGCUGAUGUACAGAAACAGGACGUCCGAGGGGCUAAUGGUGAAUGCCUUAUCUGGGGACGCAAACCUGACAUCAUUCGGGCCAAGUAUCAACUUGAGAAUGGAGAUGUCAAAGAAAGCAUCCUCCUGGCAUCAGGCUGGUGGGGUCUGUCUCGACACUUUCACUACAUCCCUGAAAUCAUGUUGGCAUUUUUCUGGUCAGUUCCUGCACUCUUUGACAAUAUCAUGCCAUAUUCUUAUGUGAUCUGGCUGAUUAUUCUGCUCACCCAUCGCAGCUAUCGGGAUGACUCCAAAUGUGGUAAAAAAUAUGGCUUAUUCUGGCGUCAGUAUUGCAAGAAGGUUCCACACAAAAUUGUACCUUAUUUAUUUUAACAGGUGGUGCAAUAAUUUGUAUUUAUUCAUUUUAAUUUUACCAUUUCAAGCACAUUCUCUUCUUGUUUAGCGUUUUUUUUUUUUUAAAUGAAGUUCCAACUAAUGUUCCUGUUUAUCUUUGUGUAUAUACUGAAUUCUUCCAUGUUCUCCAAAGAUACUCAUGCUCUGUGUAAAGUUUAUCUUUUGCUAGUGUGGAACUUUAAAAUUUUUUCCUAUAAGCUUUUAAUUUAAUUAAAGUUAAAGGCCCCAGAGGUAACCUGCGGAUCAUGUGGGAGCACCCAUGAAUGAGUGUGAAUCUAAAUAACUAUGAAGAGGGUAAACCAGGUUCGGUACAUUUGGUCUAAGGAAGAGCUUUAGAACAAAUUAUUGCAAUGUCAUGCAAUUACUCAAUGUCUCAAUGGCACAUCAACUUUCCUUGAUCUGUGGCUUAAUGACAACAGGUCUCUUCCAGGAAGUAGCUUUGUUUAUUGGCAGUGUAGGGAAUGCUUGUCGUUAAGUGGUACGCAUUUUCAAUUUUCAGCUGUAUUAAACUUGAGAAAAUUGUACAUUUUAACAUUUAUUAUUGCGCCCAUGGGAGGUAAUAAACAUUUUUCUUUUUUAAGAAGAAUGCUUUUAAAAUCAUUGUCAGAGGUAAAGACGACCAUUUUACAAAUCUUACUACUAUAUUUUUAACCUUAUAAUCAAUAGUGUGGACUAUAUUUUCUGUGUGCUGUCAUUCAACAGCUCUUAACAUUCUGUGUAUAGAUAAAUGAGAGAGAAAUUAAAGAAAGUUAAUUAAAUAUUUAUCUACAGUAUAUUUUCUAUAUUUGUAUUUUAAAAAUUCACUUUGUUUUUAGGCCUAGAAAAAAAACAUCUAAGUGUUCAUCUGUAAAGUGAAAUUGGAAUAGAUUUUUGUUUAAACCACUUGUCAAGCAAUGUAUAAAUAAACGUUGGUGUUAAAUUAAUUUGAAAUGCAGGUGGCCAAAUUUUUUUUUUUUUAAAGGGAAAACAAAUUAAAUGCAGUUAUUGAAACUUAUUGUUGUAAUUAUGCUUCUUCCACAUCUGAUGCAUUGUUUUUGUGCCAAGCUGUUAACACGUAUGUGGAUGUUAAUGUGUAGUGGUUGUAACCUAAAUGUUAACAUUUGAACUAUCAAAGCACUUUAUUCAUGACUACUACAAUUGGAAGUAUGUGUUCUAUAACCCUAAGGUUGAGGAGUUUAUUAUAAAAUACUUUUUUAACAUUUAUGACCUUUUUUUAAUGAUGAAUGAUAUUUAUUGAGUUAAGGAGCAUUUUAGAACAUAGUAUAAAGAACUAUGGUACAGUAAUUCUUUUACUGAAGAGUCAUUUGGAGGAAGACUAAUAAAAAUACUUAUUCCCUUAAAAAUAAAUUUUUAUGAUUUUGAAACAGAAGCAACAAUGUUGGAUUUUUUUUUUUUAAAUUUAACAAAUUCAGACUAAAAUUAUUUUUUUUCAAAGUAUAUGGUAUAAUGUUUAACAGGGAAAUCUUAAAUUUAACAUGUGUAUUUUGAGGUUACAGGAGAAAAUUGCUAUCAAUUGAGAACUGGAACCAAUGGUUAUUGUCUUGUAUUUGUAAAUAUAUAGAAGAAGAAGAAUUUUUGUUUGUCCUAUUUAAGUACCUGUAUGAUCAUCAAUGUAUGGAGAUAGUACAAUUGUACAAAUGAAUGCUAACUGCAGCUGAGAUCAAUGAAGAGAUUGACAAAUUUAGAUGAAUAAAGUGAAUGACAGCUGUAGAGUGAGUUGUACCUUGACAGAUGAAAUAGUCCAAUUCUACAAAAAGAAUGCUAACUGUAAUUGACUUCUGUAAGAAGUAAGUGGAAAAAAAACUAGUUGAAAUUUCCUUGCAUUGAAUAACAGCUGCAGAUGACAUUUCAAUGAAGAGAUUGACAGAUUUAGAUGAAAUUUCAAUAAAGUGAAUGACAGCAGUAGUAGAGUGGAGUUGUAGCUUGGAGAUGAAACAAAUAUUUUUUACAUUUUCCUUACAAAGUCAUGAUUGUGACUGGUCAGGUUCAUUUCUUACAAAUAUCCAUCAAAUUUAAGGUAAUGUGACAUUAAAAUAAUCUGGAGGGAUUUAACAAGAACAUGUCGGUUUUUAAAUGUAAAAAAAUUAUAUCAACAAUUGCAGUAAAAUUGAUUUUGUUCCUAGAGGUAAACAAUUAUAUUUUUUUAAUGAGAACGUUUAAAACGAACUAUAAAUCUUUGCAAAUAGGGACUGAAAUUGAAAAAAGAAUGCUUGAUGAACACCGUAGGGACAAAUUUUAAUGUUGAUUUUUUACCGGUUUAUCCCUGAAGCUUGUUAGUUCAAGCUAACACAAAUUGAUUUUCUUUUUAACAACCACCCUAUAAAGGGAGCCAAUAAAAUAUUCCUAUCUUAGUUCCAUAUAAUCUGGAUCGGUUGCUAAGCAACAUAGAUUUCCCAACCUGUCAACACCCUGUUAUUUGAUUUUUAUUUACAGCCAUUCCUAUAUUUUUUUCCUCUCCCUUUUUAAAAAAAAUUUUAAUGAUAAAUUGUUUUGGGAAUUCUUUUGAGAAGAUUCUUUUUUUUAAAUCUGCUGUUUGACAUUUAAUGAACACGUGACUUGGUAACGAGUUCCUCUUUCUUCAAUUUAUGGUUCUUAAUUAGCUUUGUUAAAUGUUGCUUAAUUAAAGGAUUUUUUUUUUAAGUUUGAUGUUUAAUGGGUUAAUUUUUCCUCAAGGGGAUCUAAACCUGAAAUAGGAGUUGAAUGGCUGUUCAUGAACAUCCCCCGAACUAGCUUGUCCCAUUUCCUUUUAAUUAUUCUGGUCUUAAGCAAGGCAUACAAUUCUAUCCGAGUACUGUGUAGCCAGUGUUUUCAUUAGAGUACCUGUAUAUAGUGUGUUUUGCUUUCAGUCAUGACAUCUGACUUCCACCCCACAAAUCUAUACUGAGUAGGUCAAGGUGUGUGCACAGUGUUGUAUAAGGCAGGAAGGCCUGCACUUUCCCACAGGUGUUGGGCACAUUUCAACUGGUGACUAAUCACCGCAGCUGAAAACUGUUGCCAGCAAAAUCUGCUACUUCUGCUUGAUUGAUUGGUUUUCUGGUAAUGUUAACAUGAGGUAAACCACACACCCAGCCAGCACUUGGGUUAAUGUGAGAAACUUCUCUGGGUAACUAUAUAGGAAAGAAACUUCAUAUUAUGGCAACGCCCUGUGAUCAAUGCAAUGUAAUCAACUUGUGUUUUGUUUUUUAAAUCAAUCUUUAAAGUAAGCGUUAUACUUUUGAAUGAUUAUUUCCAGCAUGGGGUUGUUAGAAAAUGUGGUCAAGAAAUGAUGAAACAAAUCUUCUUUUUUUUCACUCUGAAGCAGUAUUUAACAUUUAUUCCAAUAAAACUUAUUUUCUUUUUAUUGUGGGUUGAAUUUCUGAUGUUAGAAUUUGUUGUUUUGUUGCGUUGUUUUUUUUUAGUACAAUUAAAAUUUUUGUUACCCUUUCAUGUGUGAUUCUUCAUGAAGGUGUAGCCCUUGUACACCAGAGAGCUUUAUUUAGAAGAUGGGAUACAGCGUAUUGUCAUGAAGAAACUUGUUCUAUCUUUCAUCGCUUCUUUUUUUAACAGAUACUUUCUUAUGAGUAACAUUUGUUGAAGCCGAUACAAUCCUUAGACCAGUAACUUUUGAGAUUUUUAUUCCCGUUUUUUAAUGAUCACUAUAUAAACAGGUAAUUAAUUAUCAUUCUUGAACAGGUGUUGACUGUAAUUAUCACUCAAGAACAGGUGUUGCUGGAAAUUAUCACUCACUAAACAGAUGUUUAAAUAUCCCCCAAUGAUAAUGUCUUUGGUGAUCGCACUAGGAUAAAAGUUAAAAUUAUAAACACAAUGUCCAGAUUUGAUUUUCUUGUAAUAAUUAGAUUGAGUCCAAGUAUGCUGGCAACUCUGCCGAACAAUCCUAUAAUGUGUUUUACUUAUCAAGGUAUCUCGACAUUUCAUAUUUUAAAAGCCUCCGUUUAUGACCAAACCUGUGAAAACAUGCCCUGAAGUUGGAUAUGGUACAUGUGUAGUCAAUGUUUUGCCAUUAUGAAAUCAUGUUCCCAUCCUUUGAUAUCUCUGGGAAUUUAAGUCUUUAAGUUGGUUUUUGGUAACUUAUUUAUUGAUCUGUAAUGGAAUAUUUUCUUGUAUACUGCUGUCAGUAUUACACAGGGGAUUUCUUUUAAUUGUCCUAAUUUAAAUAUAUAUAUAUAUAUUUUUUUUUUUGUUGUUGCCUUUUUAUUUUCGUAAUUUUUUAUCAAUAUUUUAAUUGUAUCAAAAUAAUGUACAGUGCAUGCUCAGUCAAUUUAAAUAAGAC